AUGGAAGAUUCGCAACCAAGUCCCACAUCAAGCACAUCUGGCUCCCGUUCCCCCACCUCUUCCACAAGCUCUUUGCAUCCGCGCCAGUUCGCCCUCAUUGUGGCUAGCGUUGGUGAUUCGCAGGCCUUUCUACUCAGCAAAUUUCACGGAAUUCGUGAGUUGACUGGGUGGAUGCCCCGGAGUACUGCCAGUCCCGAUAGUUGCACUUUUCCGGAGGAUAAAAUCAAAGCCUCCAGUCCACUUCCUUCACCCCCGCCUGCAAGAGAUUUUCGCGAUUGCGGUGGUGCAUUGGGUUCCGUGUAUGCGGACAACAGCCCGGAAUUGAACAAUCUCAUAUGCGCAGGUGGGUUCGAACGGUAG